AGAGCCUGGAACUGUACCAAAAGCAGCAAGAGAAGAAGCAGUUGGUAAUGGAGGACCACGAGAGUGUGGGGGUUGAGGGAGAGAAGGGAGACAUGGGUGGUUUUAGGAGAGAGGGAGGAGAACAUAAGAGUCGGCUAGCAGAAGAUGCCAAUUCACAGGCGGAGAGAAGAGAGGGAAAUGAGGUCAACACACUUAGAACUCCCCUGACAACCACUCUUGACGGUCAUAAGGUAGCUCAGAAUCCAGACAGGGAGAGGGAAAAGAUACCAGCAGAGCCUCCAGCACCACCAAGUGACACUCUGCCACCACUACCAGCUGUUGACAAGUCAACACCCAACAAAACAGUAGUGACUGGAGAGGUUGGAAAGAAGGAAGAGGAGCGAGGUGGUAUAGGGAAUAGAGACGAAGAUGCCAUGACAAAGUGGCUGGAAGUUGCCAAGGGUGGCCUAUCCACUGACUCAACUGGCUCUGCUCACUCACCAUCUGUGCCUCAUAGCUGCCAACACAAGGCCGGUCCAACCCCUGAGCAGAUGAAGGCGCGGGAGCUCUACCUGAAGCAGCAACGAGAUCGCCUGGUAGAGGCCAAGAGGAAGCAGAGGGCCACCACCCAGCAGGCUUCCUUGGUGGGCAGGACCAGGGGGCAGUAUGACAGACGAGAGGUGUCCAGUGAGAGAGAGGCAGGGUCCACUGGGGUCAGUGGUGGGGGGAGACGAGGCAGGGACACGGGAAUCCUCUCCUCUGCCAUUGCUGGCAACUUGAAGAAAGUGUAGCCUUGUUUUAGUUUGUGUCAACACUCGUACCUUGCUAGCUUGUUUCUACGCUUUUUUU